UAUCGUUUUAAGAGAUCCAGACAUUAAAACGAGUAUUUUAAAACUAGGUUUAUCACACUUAAAACUACUUCUGAUGUUAACGCUACAUCUACGCUUUUCAUAUUCAAAAUAAUUUAUUUGGAUUAUACAUUAUGUAUUGCAGAGAUGGAUCUAUUGCAAACGCUUGCCUGUUGGUCAAAGCUCCGUGUCCACCUCCUUUCUUUUAUAGUGAAUUUGGCGACUAUGCGUUAAACCAAAAUCUGUCUAGAACUAAGGUAUGUGAAAUCGCAACAAGGUGCAUGAACAGGUUUUGGACGGAAAACUCGACAAAGGCCAUCAACGAAAUUUGUAAUCCACAGACAACAGUGCCACCACAGACAACAAUGCCACCAUCAACAAUAACAACAACAACAACAACAGUACCACCAUCAACAACAACAACAACAACAGUGCAACCAUCAUCAUCAACAACAUCAUCAUCAUCAACAACAACACCACCUGGUAUUACAACCGAACAAAUAUUAACUGCAGGAUCAACAUGUAAUGUCGUCUGCAUAAUUCUAAUUGUGCUGCUGCUUGUUGCUGUAGCAACUGCCAUCGUCUUGAUCUGGAAGUUCAAAUGUUAUCGUAGAUGCCUGGCCAUCAAAUGGAAGAUACCAUCAAGCUUUAGGAAAAGAAGUGACCGGCAUAAGUUAUGCAAACAGCAUUCGGAAGAUCAUACAUUUGAAAAUCCUUAUUACUCAAAAAGUGAACAGAUAUGUAUUAUAUCUGACAAAACGCAAGUAAUAACCGCCCGCGUUAGUGAAAUAGGCAUUGAUAUUUUUGAUGGAGGUCCAGACAAAGUGAAAGUCAUUGCUGCUGAUGUGGAAAUUGAACAAGACAAGUACGAAGACCUGAUUGAAACCGAUUCAGUUAGCGGAAUACAUACAUAUGAAGUGGUAAAUACACACGGCGGAAUGGAGACGCUUGAUGAAACAAGCUUUGUUGAAGAAACUGUUGAUGAUAAAACGAAAGAUACGACAACAAAUUUAUCGGACAUUAAUGAAAUGGAUUACCAAUUUGAGCGACCUGAACAAUAUGAACCAAAGAAAGGUUUUGAAACCAACGACAAUGGCAGAAUCGAAAACAAAUCAGACACUUUUGAUAAAGAAGAAAUAAUAGAUGAUAUUGGUAAAAAAGAAAUAAUAGAUGAUAUUGAUAAAGAAGAAAUAAUAGAUGAUAUUGAUAAAGAAGAAAUAAUAGAGGAUAUUGGUAAAGAAGAAAUAAUAGAUGAUAUUGGUAAAGAAGAAAUAAUAGAUGAUUUUGGUGAACGUGAAUCUGAUGUGACUGACUCAAUAGGAUCUGGAGAUAUUGAAAAUGAGAAUAAUACAGACACUGGAUCAUCUGAUAAGAAUAGUGAUGAUGAUGUAGAAGCAGAUGAUGAGGAUGAUGCUGAUGAUGAUGAUAAUGACGGUAUUGGCAAUUAA